CGCAGCUCAGAGCUCUCAAACUCAGCCUCCCUCCCCCACUCUCACCCCGUGCCUGGCCCACGAUGGACAGCUUCUCGCUUGCCAUCGUCGCGAUUCUCCUGAGCUCCUCCGCUCCCCCAGUUGUCUCCGAUUGCUCUCAGUACCCCGCGGAGCAGUACGGGGUGACGGUGGUGUCUAAGAGCACGGCGCUACUCAACGCGAACCUGAAGAUUCGUCCCGGCUGCUCAGUGACCCAGGUGCAAUGGUUCAAGGGCCCAACGAUCGUGGCGAUGCUCAAGUCUGGGAUCGUGACCCAGGUCAAUCCGCGCCCGAGCAGCCGACACAUCAUCUUAUCCAGCAGUGGAUUAUCCAUGCUCAUCUCGCCGGUGGACACGACGGACGCGGGCAGCUACCACUGCUUGGUCACGAUGAAUGACCAAGCGCCGAACAAUUUGACGGUGGUGCUCACCGUGAAUGCAGCGACCACGUGCACGGAUGCGCUGUUCGCGCCGCUGGUAGUGAAUGUCAAAGUCGGGGGCUCUGUGACGUUGCCUUGUGACGUCGCCGUGACGUCACAAUGCGUCUUCAAGGAGGUGCAGUGGAUGAAGCGGGAGAGUUCGCUGGCCACGAGGGGCAAGGGCUCCUCCGCUUCGGGAGAGGCUGUGACGAGCGGCAGGCUGCGCAUGAGCAGCGCAGCGAACGACUCGGUGCAGGCCAUCACUCUGAACCCCGCGGAGAAGGGUGACUCGGACUUCUACGUCUGCGUGGUGACCUUCGAAAACAACAAGACAGCAACGCGCCACCUCUACCUGCACGUGGCGGACGACGAAUGCUUCUCUGGCUCCAACGACAUGGCCAUUGUGGACGACUUGGAGGUCACGCAGCCCUCGCAGCUGCUGAAUUGUCGACUUCCGCCAGCCGUGUGCCCGUUGUUUAAUGUCAGCUGGUACCAGCGGGACAAACUCCUCUUCAACCUUACGGCUUCUACUGGAAAAGAAGUCGUGAAUGGCUUCGAAGCCUGGCCUCUGUCGAGCCGAUUCUCGACCAUAAUGGUUCACAACAAGAAGAUGAUCGACGCGGGUUUAUUCUAUUGGUGCCAGGUGCACACGCGCGCUGGUCUGGACUCCCGUUCCAUGGUCGCUACGCUGUCUCCAGGCCCCCUUGGACACCUCGUGCCGAGCUGA